CGGUGUCGUUAGAAUCAGCCUCACUGACAGACCUUCCAGUCAGUCCGGUGGGCCGAUCAGAUUCUAGGGCUAUUGCGAGAGAAGAUUAAUACGAAAGACAAAACUCUCUGCCCGGUGCGAAAGGGACUCCUGAGGAGGGAGUUUCUCUUUCCAACAAUUUGGGAUGUGGAUGUUUUUUUCUGUUUCCCGGGCGUGCUGAUGCCCCGUGAAGCAGGGAUGCGACCGGAGUGCCGUUGAUCCCGCCGGUUUACGCAGUGUAUCUGCCCGUCCGUCUGACCCGGGAGUGUCCGGUGGUGGAGGCGAGGCGCGAACCAAGACCCAGAGAACUACACGUUACAUUUACCAUUACGCAUUUCCGGCAAGUCGACUUAUCCACAUCUGGACACUUGUGCCAAACUAAGAGAGAAUUCAUUUUGGUACCGGCACAAGAAGCAGCACAGGGAAAAAAACAAAACAGUGUCUAUACUCAGCAGCACAGCGUUCGGAGCUCGCACCGCGUGGCUUUGUGUGUGUGCACGUACGCGCCCGCGGCACACACUGUAUGUCCAUGUGAGAUGAGGAGAAGCUAAGUGGCCACCACAACCACCCCGAUCAGACAAGCCUCCUGUGAUGCAAGAUGGACUAGAGCCCCACGCCACAGGAGAUCAAAGGUGGCUGUGACAGGGGCACCCCCGGGGCAGGACCCAUGAGGAGUCAUAGAAGAUGCUCACAGCCUGGGCGCUUCUGCUCUUCUUAGCCAUGUGGGUGAGAAGCACCUCCGGUGGCCCGCUCUCCUUCAGAAUAGCUGCCAUCCUCGAUGACCCUAUGGAGUGCAGCAGAGGGGAGCGUCUGGCCAUCACGCUGGCCAAAGACAGCAUCAACAGGAACACAAACCGCUCCACCACUGGCAAGCUGGAGGUGGACAUCUUUGAACUGCUGAGAGACAGUGAAUAUGAGAUGGGCGAAACGAUGUGCCAGAUCAUGUCUAAAGGGGUAGUGGCAGUCCUUGGCCCCUCGGCCAGUCCGGCCUCCAACUCCAUCAUCAGCAAUAUUUGCGGAGAGAAGGAGGUGCCCUAUGUCAAGGUGGCUCCGGAGGAUAUUCUGAAGGUUCAGUUCCCCCGGUUCACCACCCUGGACCUGAGGCCGACCAACACUGACAUCAGCAUGGCUGUGGCCGGCCUUCUCACCUUCUUCAACAGCACCACAGCCUGCCUCAUCUGUGCCCAGGCCGACUGCUUAUUGAACCUGGAGCAGCUCCUCAGGCAGUUCCUCAUCUCGAAAGAGACUCUGUCAGUGCGCAUGCUUGAUGACAGCCAGGACCCGACCCCGCUCCUGAAGGAGAUACGAGACGACAAGACUGCCACGAUCAUAGUCGAUGCCAACGCCACCAUGUCACACAUCAUUUUGGAACGGGCGUCAGAACUGGGGAUGCUGUCUGUCUACUACACUUACAUCUUCACCUCUCUGGAGUUCUCUUUACUGCGGCUGGAUGAUGUGGCGGAUCAACGAGUCAACAUAGUUGGUUUUUCAGUCUUCAACAAAACUCAUCCAUUCUUCCAGGAUUUUGUGCUAAGCCUCAACCGCUCCUGGCAGGAGAACUGUGACCAUGCACCCUUCGCUGGCACCCCACUCUCCUCGGCUCUGCUCUUUGAUGCGGUAUACGCGGUGGUGGCAGCGGUCCAGGAGUUGAACCGUAGCCAAAACGUUGGCGCCACUCAGCUCUCCUGCAAGUCCUCCAAGAUUUGGGAGCACGGCACCAGCCUCAUGAAUUACCUGAGGAUGGUAGAAUUGGAAGGUCUAACGGGCCACAUCGAAUUCAACAGCAAAGGCCAGCGGUCUAACUACAGCCUGAGGAUCAUGCAGAACAGCAGGGAUGGCCUAAGGCAGAUUGGUGUGUGGCACUCUGAAAAUGGACUGUCCAUGAAGAGGAAGCUUCCAUCAAUCAAUGUGACAGACACCCUCUUCAACACCACUCUCACCAUCACGACAAUAUUGGAAAAUCCAUACGUAAUGCUGCGGCACAACCACCAAGAGCUGGACGGAAACGACCGCUACGAAGGCUUCUGUGUGGACAUGCUGAAGGAGCUGGCAGAUAUUCUCAAGUUCAAGUAUCGCAUCCGGCUGGUGGGUGACGGACUGUACGGGGUUCCAGGAGCUAACGGAACGUGGACUGGCAUGGUCGGAGAGCUCAUAUCCAGGAAAGCUGACCUGGCAGUCGCAGGGCUCACCAUCACAGCGGAGCGUGAAAAGGUCAUUGACUUUUCCAAGCCUUAUAUGACCCUUGGCAUCAGCAUCAUGUACCGCGUCCACCUGGGACGUAGGCCAGGCUACUUCUCCUUCCUGGAUCCUUUCUCCCCUGGAGUCUGGCUCUUCAUGCUUCUGGCCUACUUGGCUGUCAGCUGUGUCCUCUUUCUGGUGGCCAGAUUGACGCCCUACGAGUGGUACAACCCCCACCCCUGUCUGAAGGGUCGCUGCAACCUGCUGAUCAAUCAGUACUCCCUCGGCAACAGUUUCUGGUUCCCUGUUGGAGGCUUCAUGCAGCAAGGUUCCACCAUCGCCCCCAGAGCUCUGUCAACGCGUUGUGUCAGCGGAGUGUGGUGGGCUUUCACAUUAAUCAUAAUCUCAUCCUACACUGCCAACCUCGCUGCCUUCCUAACAGUCCAGAGGAUGGAGGUGCCGAUAGAGUCGGUAGACGACCUGGCAGAUCAGACGGCGAUAGAAUAUGGCACCAUGCACGGAGGGUCCACGAUGACCUUCUUCCAGAACUCUCGCUACCAGACCUACCAGCGAAUGUGGAACUUCAUGCACUCAAAGCAGCCCAGUGUGUUUGUGAAGAGCACGGAGGAGGGAAUCGCCCGUGUCCUCAAGUCCAACUACGCUUACUUGCUGGAGAGCACCAUGAACGAGUACUACAGGCAGAGGAACUGCAACCUCACGCAGAUUGGAGGACUGCUGGACACCAAGGGCUACGGCAUCGGCAUGCCGCUGGGGUCAGUGUACCGUGAUGAGUUUGACCUGGCCAUUCUCAAGCUGCAGGAGGACAAUCGUCUGGAGAUCCUCAAGAGGAAGUGGUGGGAUGGUGGCAAGUGUCCAAAGGAGGAGGACCACCGAGCCAAAGGUCUGGGUAUGGAGAACAUCGGCGGCAUCUUCGUGGUGCUGGUGUGUGGCCUGCUGGUGGCCAUCUUCAUGGCAGUGCUGGAGUUUGUCUGGAUGUUGAGGCAGGCACCAGGAAAUGAGCAGUCAGUGUGUGAGGAGAUGGUGCGGGAGCUCCAGGGCAUCGUCCUGUGUCGCGACAGCCUGCAGGUGAGGCGUCGGCGAGGGGCGACGAUGCUGAGGCCACGGCCUUUACCCCUGGAGGAGCGUCGGGCGCGAGCUGCCGCCGUGAGCCUCAGCAAUGGCAAGCUGUGUGGGGGCACUGGGCUGCCCGAACCCCUGUCCCACAGACUGGCGCAGGAGGCUGCCCUGGUCGCGAGGGGGUGCAGCCACAUCCGCAUUUGCCCCGAGUGCCGACGCUUCCAGGGACUGAGGAUGCGUCCAACGGGGGCCACGGGGGCCCUCCCAUCGCCCACACACAGUGAGGAGAGCAUAGAGUGGGACAAGACCACAAAUAGCAGUGAACCUGAAUAACGCCUGGCGAUUCCGACAGGACUGACUCUCCGGGCAGCCACCUCUCUACUUUCCAGGGAUCAAAGAUCAAGUAGUAUUUUCAUACAGCUGUUUGGAGCUCGGUCUUCAAGGGGCGGGACAAUUCUGUGGACUUUUUUUUGCCCUAGAGGCAACAGCCAGCAGUCAGCUUUUGGAAUCUCCUGGUUUUUUCCCCUCGGUCAUAGGAAAAACUGAUGAGUCUGUCUCAUUGUGGUCUGUCCCUGUUGGCCCUCUGUGCCGUAUGAAACAGAACGGACAAAAACAGCUCCGGGGCAUUUGUACUAUGCAGUAUUUUCAGUCAUUUAUCAUUGUGCUGUUUCUUUUUUUUUUCAUUUUUAAAUUAUUUCUGUCCUCUGCUGGAUUAUCGGUACUGAAUAUUGUUAUUCUAUUGUUCUUAAAAAAAACAAGAUCCCCUUUUUAUAUCAAACAAUUUACCAUAUGAACGUAUAUUGCCUCCGAAGAGCUGCAAAGAUAAACAGACUAAUGCAAGGUCAUCCUUCAAAACCUUUUAUUUUGAAAGUGCCAAAAACAAGAAGUGUUAUCUUGUGGCUGAAGAAAGCACCACAGCCUUGAGAAGACAACAAACUCAACUCGAACUUUUAAAAAAAACAACUAAAAAAAACAGAGACUUAAAGACCCAUGGACUCUUUCAUAGUAGUUAUAUUCUAUCAAAAAAUGUUUUAAUUGUUGGUAUCUCUGAAAGACAGCGAUGCAUGUCCAGCGGUGUUGGCAGGGGCUCGUCGAAUGAUUGAUUACUGAAGCUGUCUCAAAAAACGUCCAAUUUCUUCCUUCUUUCUCCGUCCUGACAUCACAUUCUCCUCCAUCUCUCCUACAUCCUCGACACCAUGGCACAUUUAUCGUCUCGCCACCUGUCCUCUUUAUGAUCUCUCAUUAAGAAAAUAAAUAUACACAGUCUCCCGCUCCGUAUACACUCUGCGAGAGAUUAGAAGUCGUUCUCCCCAACUCACAUUUUCAAGAAUAAUUCAGGUUUCAUGAGGACAAGUCUGUGUAUGAUUUAAACUCGGCAUACAUAACAACCAACCAAAAGCAUGACGUAUCUGGUAAAGAAAAGGGUUUAUAUAUAUAUAAAUAUCUCAGCAGUUGACUUAAGUUCUCUUAAAUGUCAAGGCAGUUAAACGUUUAUUGAAUGUGAUGUUUUACGCACUGCUACGAGGAGUCUUUCAGUUUCCCGAUCAGCCCAGAUUCUGUCUGACAUUUUCAUCUUUCUAUCCUUGCAGAAAAACAAAAAACAAAUAUAGAAUUUAUUAAUUGGGUCCAUUUUUCUUUUUAUCUUUUUUUUUUUAACUGUGGGUGAGAAAAAGGUUGAAUAGUCAUUUUAAUCAAUUGUGUAUACAUUCACAUUCCUUAUUACAAUAUUUGAAGUCAGUAAAACCUAAUGAAUUGAAGUUGAAAUGAUUCUCAGUUUCAAUCACUAUUUGAAAUGUAUUAAUUCAGUUUGGUUGUAUUCAUUGAGAGAAUAGUUGUCUUUAUUUCCAUUAUAUCAACAAUACCUCUAAAGGUGAAACAGUGAGCUCACCUCUAGGGCCACAGUCUCCAUAUUUUAAAAUGUAUUAAAUCAACUUGAAACAGAUUUUUAUUUGAAUCUGCACCCAAUUGCACACACCCAUAGAUAUCGAUCCCCUAAAUAUGCCAGAUUUUUAAUAAAUCAAGAUCCAUGAA